ACCAUCAGGGCGUAUUGGAUGUCACAGGGCGAUAGAGUUUUGUCUCUUCCAAUCCUGAUUCGAUCAUUUCUGCAAUUCUCUACUCACAACACUGCUGGGUGUACAUCAUUGGUUCAACUGGUAUAAGGCGCAUUGGGGCCUAGUGAUAUGAUGCUGAUGCGUCCAAACGCUCUACAGACAUUCUUAAUGAUUUCGUUGUCCCAAGUCAGAAGACUUUCCGAUGCUGUUUGCUACGUGUCUCAUCACAUGAUUCCUUUUCUUUCACUAUCUUAAGUCUAGAACUUAUCCUAGCGCCCAUGCUUGUUGAGUCAGUUAUUAAUAACCCCCAAUGUGUUGGCUUCGAGUUCUACUUUCGAGCGGGUCUUCUACCGACGCAGACGACGAGCGAUCAGAUACCUCUACGGUGCUAUCCAGCGGCGAGAUGGAUCCUGAUUCGAUCUAUGAAAACACAAACAAUAAGUACAUUUCACUACAGGAAGCAGGUAAGGGUACUAAUGGACAAGUCACAUUUUGCGCACGCAGGCCCUCUCUAGUCGCAAGCCCUCUUAUGACGAAUCUCACAGCGCAAGGCCCAGGCCUUGUAGCUAUGAAGAUAGCUAGUCGAGAAAUGUUUCACGACAGGAUAGCCAUUGAGAUCAUUGCCCUGAGGCGCAUACGCAGCUCUUUCGCCGCAGAGGAUAACAAAACUACUGUAAAACACUUGCCUAACCUCAUCGACUUUGACCCAAUAGUAAACGGCGGGUCGCGCUGGCUAGCAGUUCAUCCUAUCCGUGGCUUCGACCUCGAGCGACUCCGGGUCGUAAUUACCCAUACAAUAAAACCUUCUUCACCGAACUCUGUCACUUACAGCUUCUCCUUCCCUGCGAUCCCGGAAGUGUUCGUAUUACACAUUGCGAAGCAGUUGACAGGAGCAGUCGGGUGGCUGCACGACAUCGCCAACAUCGCUCAUAACGACGUCUUUGGCGGGAACGUUAUGCUCGACUUGUCUAGCUGGGACAAGGGGCCCGAUUUCACAAUGCCUACUAUUGUCUUGAUUGAUUUUAACCGUGCAAGCUUGAAUACCAAUGAAAAGGAGAAAGGUGCAGACCGUUCAUUCGUGUACGAGCUUAUACGCAUGCUCGACAGUACUGGCAGAGCGUCAUCACAAAGAGCCCAUGAACUAGAAGACACCAGUACACCGAAGCGUUCGCACACCUGGUGGGACGUCUUCAUCAGCUUUCUGAAGAUCAACAACAGCCAGUAUCUUCAAGAAAAGUCCUCGACUUUCACACGCUUCAAGGACCAAUUCGGCACGGAAAUUAAUCGUCGAUUGAAGGAAGUGACUGAAGACGAAGUGAGACAGGUGCAAGGGUUGCUCGAUAUGUUUGCGGAGAAGGAGGUUCGUUUUCCAAGUGAAGAUAGGAUUAGAGAGAUAUUAGAGCAGCGAGAGGAUGGCUAGUCAUUUGUUGUUGUUGUUCUACGAGAAAAAGAAUCAUCUAUCCUGUCAAAUGCAGAGCAGAUUUCCAGCUCUCUAAGGAUGUUUUUCCUACAUUGUACAA